AUGAUAAUCCUUCUGCUUCAGCUUUCGAAAGCUCUCCCGAGACACUCAGAUAAAUGCCUCCUACCGCCUUCUCUUCUACAGACUACCAUCGACGAAACUCCUGAACUCCGGCAUCCGCUAGUGUAUCACUUGAACGAUGGCGCCUCAAGUAUCGCUGUGGGCGUGAAAGAGUUCACUGCUGAAGAGGGAACAGUGUGCGUACCCCAGUUCAUAUUCGAGAAGCUCAAGGGCCACACAGUUACCGUUAGUUUGGCAGACUUUCCCAAAGCAACCUUUCUUCAGCUCAAGCCUGCUCAGUUCUACCCACACAUCACCAAUUGGAAGUACUACUUGGAAUCGCAGCUCAGCAAGAACUACACAACGCUCACCAAGCACAAAUUGUUUGUUAUUGACGAUCCAAUGGCGAAAACGGCCGUGGAUAUCAUUGUGGAAGAUGCUAAUGCUCCUACUGUGGUUGUGGUUGAUACAGACACUAUUCUAGAUGUGCUCCCACUUAACGACAUCAUGGCAGCGCAACAGUUGGGCCAAAACGAUGCAAUAUCAGCUCUUGAAAACAUCCCCACCUUUCAUGAAUCCGAAGUGCUCGAGGUUGUUCCGUUCAACCAGUCUCCUGUACCGAAGUUGUUCAAGAUUGACCUACGUAAGGUUAAGGAAAGCUUUCUGCUUGUUCUACGAUCGGAAAAUAUAAACGAAGCCUACAAUGUGGACUUACUUGUUGCGCUUGACAAGUUCGUCAAACUAGAUAACUUUGCAUUUGAGACAAUGUCUCAGGAUAGUGCUGCGUCUCAUACGGAUAAGAGAAUAGACAUCAACAUCAACAGUGAUCUCAUCGUAAACCAUUUGGAAAAAUUCAAGGAGGAGGAUGCAUGUGAGCUAUAUGCUGCUGUUUUUGCGUGGGACCAUAACGCUAAAGUCAAAUUAGAAAUGGUGCCUUUCACAAAGGGCGAUAAGCUAGUGAAGGAGAAUGGCACGUCCAACGAAACAAAAUGCUCUAACUGUGGUAAGCUGAUAGAGAAGUCAAAGUUGCCUCUCCAUGAAGCAUUCUGCUCGAGGAACAAUGUCAGAUGCUCUUGUGGGAGCACUUUCUUCAAAGAGAUUCCAUCCAGCCAUUGGCAUUGCGAGAAAUGUGACCCACUUUUGGCUGGAGAAAGCACACUUUUUAAAUUCAAGCACGAUCGGCUCGUUCAUAGCGGGCCUUAUAGAUGUGAAGACUGCGACUCAACGUCUGAAUAUAGUGAUUUCAUCCUGCUUGUCAAGAACCACAAGCUGACAAAAUGCCCUAGCAAGCUUCACGAGUGCAUGUUCUGUCACUUGAUUGUGUCCCAGGAGGAGGAAACGUACGAGGACAGAUUCACGAAUCUCACGCACCACGAGAAUCAAUGUGGCAACAAAACCACAGAGUGCUUCGAAUGUAAUAGGGUCUUCAAAAGAAAGGACCUCAAGAAUCAUAUGCAAAUGCACUACAUGGACAAAAUCGAGCUUAACACCGAAACCGUUCGCUUGUGUGCCAAUGAGAACUGUGUCAGCAUCGUCAAUGACGAAUCGAACGACCUUAAUCUUUGCGAUACAUGUUAUGGCCCAUUGUAUGCAACAGUUUUGGACCCAACGAGAAUCAAGUUACAGAAUCGCAUUGAACGUCGCUACGUUCUUCAACUCACUAAAGGCUGCGGCAACGUUUGGUGCCAAAAUCCCCAAUGUGCUACUGCAACCCUGCCACGUCCAAUGAAAGAGGUGAUCCAGCAUGUACAGCUGGAGUUGUUGCUCCUAGUAGUUACCCCAGAACUUCCUAUAACUCGGAAAAAGGGUGUUAAGUCUGACGCAAACAAAUUUUACUUCUGUUUGACUGAAAGUCUACAAAAAAGGAAGGAGUUGGUGGACCGCCUUGUAGAUGAUGGCCAGUACUCCAGAGACAUGGUUUUCCGGGCAGUAAACAGGCUGAGAGACGAAGACUCUGCACGGGAGUGGCUACUAAAAAACGGGUUGCCCUUACGGUGA